AGCGCCUCCGCUGUUCUGGUUAUCAAAGUUCCAGUCACCCUUCCGUACUCAUAUCCUCAACAGACUGAGACCCAGAGGGCUCAGGUCAUGAGCCCCCGAACCCUCCUCUACCUGCUGCUGUCGGGGGCCCUGGCCCUGAGGGAAACACCGGCGGGCUCCCACUCCCUGAGGUAUUUCUACACGUCCGUGUCCCGGCCCGGCCUCGGGGAGCCCCGCUUCAUCUCCGUGGGCUACGUGGACGACACGCAGUUCGAGCGGUUCGACAGCCACGCGGGGGAUCAGAAGGCGGAGCCGCGGGCGCUGUGGCUGGAGACGCAGGACGCGGAGUACUGGGACCGGGAGACGCGGAUCUACAGGGAUACGGCACAGACUUUCCGAGUGAGCCUGAACACCCUGCGCAGCUACUACAACCAGAGCGAGGACGUGUCUCAUACGUACCAGUGGAUGUGCGGCUGCGACGUGGGGCCCGACGGCCGCCUCCUCCGCGGAUACAGCCAGUUCGCCUACGACGGCGCGGAUUACCUCGCCCUGAACGACGACCUGCGCACCUGGACCGCCGCGGACAUGAUGGCUCAGAAAACCCAGCGCAAGUGGGAUGCUGCGUUUGUGGCGGAGCAUAGCAGAGCCUACCUAGAUGGGGAGUGCUUGCACUGGCUCGGGAAAUACCUGGAAAUGGGGAAGGAAGAGCUGCUAGUCUCAGAUCCCCCAAAAGUGCAUGUGACCCACCACCCAAGCCCUGAAGGUAAAGCUACCCUGAGGUGCUGGGCCCUGGGUUUCUACCCUGCAGAGAUCACCAUCACCUGGCAGCGGGAUGGGGAGGACCUUACCCAGGAAACGGAGUUUGUGGAGACCAGGCCUGGAGGAGAUGGAUCCUUCCAGAAGUGGGCAGCUGUGAUGGUGCCUUCUGGAGAAGAGCAGAGAUACAUCUGCCAUGUGCAGCAUGAGGGGCUGCUUGAGCCCCUCAGCAAGAGAUGGGUUCCUCCUCCUCCUCAGCCUCUUGUCCUCACCAAUGUCUUCCAUGUCAUCCUGGUUCUCAUUGUGCUCAUUGCUGUGGUUGGAGCUGUGAUGUGGAGGAAGCUCUCAGGUAGGAAAGAAAGGAUCUACACUCAGGCUGCAAGGCAUGAUAGUGUCCAGAUCCCUAAAGUAUGAAACAACUGCCCUACAUGGACAGAGUUAUGGAAGGUCCUUUGUUUAUAAUUUUAAGGUCCUCUGAUUCUCCUUCUGCAAAACACAGAGGACUGAGUCUGUGUUCCAAUAACAUCAUGUGAGAAGGGGAAGAGACUGGGACUCCCUGCUGGGGGCUUGAACUGGGAUUCUUCUGCCUAUCCUUGCACUUUUUACCACCAGCGCUUAAACUGCUGCUCUACCGCCCAGCUCCCAGUUUGUCACUAUCAAGCCCCCAGUCCCCAUCUGCUGAGGGAAAGCUUCAUGAAUGAUGAAAAAGAGAGGCUGCAGGUCUCUCUCUCUCUCUCUCUCAUAUCUCCUUCUUUCCCUCUUGAUUUCUGGCUUUCUCUAUCCAAUAAAUAAAUAAAUGAAAGCACUGAGAACAUUCUA